AUGGCUUUUCUGGCCCCUGCAAAUACCGGAUUCGAUGAACCUGGUUCUGCCCCCCAGGAAACUCUUUUUGGUUUUUCUUUUAAAUUAUUGGCCGACGACGAGCACUACAUUCCACGUGCCGUACUGCUUGAUUUGGAGCCCCGAGUCAUUAAUGGCAUCCUGAGCUCAUCCUACUCUCGCCUUUACAACCCCGAAAACAUUUACAUGUCAAAGGGCGGUGGCGGUGCGGGCAAUAAUUGGGCUGCUGGCUACACCCAAGGCGAGAAAUUACAGGAAGAGGUUUUCGAUAUUAUUGACCGUGAGGCUGAGGGAAGCGACAGCCUGGAGGGGUUCAUAAUGACACACUCGAUCGCCGGUGGUACCGGGUCUGGUAUGGGCUCCUUCCUCCUCGAACACCUCAAUUCGCACUUUCCAAAGAAGCUGAUUCAGACUUAUUCCGUGUUUCCAAACGUAGAGGACACCAGUGAUGUUGUCGUCCAGCCCUACAAUAGUCUACUGACUCUCAAGAGGCUCACACUUAAUGCGGACUGCGUCGUUGUAUUGGACAACACUGCUCUCCAUCGAAUCGCCACUGAUCGCCUUCACAUUGGGAAUCCCUCCUUUGCACAGAUCAACCAGCUGGUCUCGAAGGUUAUGUCUGUCAGCACGGCUACUCUGCGGUAUCCUAGUUACAUGAACAACGAUCUGAUUGGGCUAAUAGCUCCGCUGACACCCACGCCUCGACUGCACUUCCUCAUGACUGGCUAUACUCCUCUCACCACCGAGACUGAGGUCGCGAACGUUCGCAGAACCACCGUGUGUGACGUCAUGCGGCGUUUGCUGCAACCGAAGAACAUGAUGGUCUCAACGCCACCCCAGCGCAACGUUGACCACUGUUACAUUUCUAUCCUGAAUAUAAUUCAAGGUGAGUGCUUUGUGUUUGGCCCAGUGUUAACUCAUGCUAUUUUUACCACACACGAACACACUGUACCUUGUUAUCUUCUGAUGUGCCAGUUUGUUACGGCCUGCGCCUGGUAUAUGUAA